CCCCCUGGUGGAAACAUGUUGGACAGCAUGAGGCACAUCCGAGAGCUGAUUGAGCAAACGAGGCAGAUGGCUAACGCGAUCAAAGUGCCCAUGAUGUUCACUGGCAAGGGCUAUGUUGAACUCCGCCCCCCGGCUGACCUCAGGGACCUCCGUGCGGUCACGACCCUUGACCUCUACCUCCAGCGCCCCCCUCUCGAGCCCCCGAGGGGUGACUCGAACAGCAGGCGCAGACGCAGGCAAGGCCGAGAGAAAGCAGAGAACACGUUUGUGUUCUACCUUGGCAACAAGAACGCCUCGGAGGACUUUGUGGGCAUGACGCUGAGGAACAACGUCCUGUACAGCAUGUAUCGGCUGGGUGGCGUCUUCCACAGCAUGGAGAUCACCAACGUCACCAGAUCACCGCGGGACCCGGCACAUUUCGACCGCGUGGACUUUAACAGAGUUUACCAGGACUUGGAGGUCAUCUACACGCGAGGCUACACUUCAAAGAGUCCAGUCCUUCUUCCCGCCUUCCAGCUGCAUCCAGACUCCCUGCACAACCUCCUCCAUCUGGACCCUGGCAGCACCGUCUUCUAUGUGGGGGGCUUCCCGCACAACUUCACUCCCCCUGCUGAGAUGGGCCUGGGCUUAUCGCUGUACCGCGGGUGCAUCGAGUCCUCCACGCUCAGCCACAGGCUUCUGGGCCUCUACAACUUCCAUCGAGUCGUCAACGUCAACCAGAAACAACCCUGUGUCAGGCAGGUGUCCCAAGACAAGACAGAGCAGCUGUACUUUGAUGGCACAGGCUACGGUACGGUCAACAUAACCCAGUCAAAGACCAGAAGACGGAUCGAGUUCAGUGUGAAGAGCUCGCUGAGGAAUGCACUAUUGUUCUACAUUGGAAAUGAGAGAUCCUACUACAGCGUGAUUGUAGAGAAGGGCCACCUGGUGCUGACCGGAAGACAGGGUGACCAGGUCCAUUCCAAUAGGACUGCCACAGAAGUCUUUCCCACGGCCAGAGAUACGUUCAAAAAGAUUGACAUCGUCUUCAAUGAUCCAGACGUAAAAGUCUUGGGAGAAACGCACAUAACAAUCCCUUACAGCAAAGACGUCUACAACUUCUUCUACAUCGGUGGAGUGCCACUGUCUCUGAGAGAGAGGGACGGCAUAACGGCCCCCGCCCUUAAGGGCUCCCUGCAGAACUGGCCUAAGGUGGACUCACAGAGGGAAACCCUCAUCGAGAUGCUCGGAGUCAUGAGGGGCUUCCGGGAAAAUCUACUGGCCGUUCGUGAGGCAGACUUCAGUGCUGACAGCUCCCUCACAGAGGCCCAAGAACCUUUUAAAGAUACCAUUUCACUGGGGUUCAAGACCGCUCAACCAGGAAGUGUUCUUCUGCAGACCGCCCAAGGGGCCCAGGGCAUCAAGCUGUCACUCACUGAUGGUCGUGUGGAGUUUAAAUAUGGCAGCCAGGCAGUGAUGUCGGAGAGGAAGUACCAUGACGGGAGGUGGCACUACCUGACGGCCCUCAGAAAUGACUCAGGACUGAGGCUCACGAUUGAUGACAGUGACACAGGAAGUGACCGCCCGAAUUCAUCCCCGGUCGUAACCGAUGGCAACAACCUCACUUUGGGGAGAGAGGUUUUCAUAGGUUGCCUUGCAGACCUCUACAUGAGAAGGCCGGGACAAGCUUACCUGCCAUCUGACCUGUCCCAGUUCCACCCCAAAGGAAAUGUCAACCUGGGUGUCUGUGGUGUGGAGCGCCCCCCUCAGGCCAUCAGAGCAACUGCACUCAAACAAAAAAACAAAAAUAAACACAGGAUGAAAAAGAGUGGAUCUGGUCCUGACAUCUGUAGGCCUCCAGUAGGCCUCCUUCAGGCCUACUCCUUGACAAGCCCAGCCAGUCAGCUCAGCUUCCACAUCCCUCCUGAGGAACUCAACUACAGACCCCAUUUCUCGUUGGUGAUGAAGACUACGUCCACAGAAGGCCUGAUUCUCCACAUCCGUGGGAAACAAAAUGGGGCCCACAUGACUCUUUAUAUGACCAGUGGCAAGAUAAGGCUAAUUGUUGGGAAUAGGAGCAUCCAUUACCAUAAGAAGAUAAAUGACAACCACUGGCACAAGGUGGACCUCAGUGUGGAGAAACACAGUUUUCACCUGCUGGUGGACAACCUGAGGGUGACCGACGGACAGCUACCUGCAGGAGAGGGAGCCGCCCUCAAUCUCAGCUCACCUGUCUACCUGGGCGCAGACCUCACGACCCCAAACACAGAAGCACAGAGGAAGUCCGUGCCCAGGGCUAGUGUGACAGGGUGCAUUUAUAAUUUCAAGUUUUAUAACGAGCUGGUGGGUGAGCCUCUGACCAAAGCAGGAAUAUCGCCGUGUUUCGACAGUAAAAUGGAGUCAGGGGUCUUUUUCUCUGGUGAAGGAGCUUACAUGGCUUCCCAGACCCCUUUGAUGGUGGAUGCUGACUUCCACCUUACCUUUGCUGUCCGCCCUCGAGAUGUUCUGGGCUUACUUUUCCAUGCAAGAGGACACCACAGGCGAAGUAUCAGUGUGUACCUACAGAGCAACCAGAUAAUUGCUCGGGCAAAUGAUGGAGGAGGAGACUACACCGUGUCGAUAGCUAUCUCACACAACCUCUGUGACUCUUUCCACACUGUCUCAGUGUACAAACAGAAAAACUCCAUCAAGCUGGAACUAGACUUUAAAUCCAGACAUGUCAGAGGACCUUUGGCAGCCUCCUACUCCAGCUCCCUGGACUCCUUGUAUUUUGGGGGCAUACCGGGGGACCUCCAGGCUCAACACGUCCCAGUGAGGCGGUCUUAUGUGGGCUGUCUUCGGGACGUGCGGCUGAACGGAGAAGACGUCUCGCUUGGGUCCCUCUACACGCCACAUGGCCCAGUGAGCCUGCAGGGGUGCCCCGUAAACUAAGGCCAUCUGUGUGACCCCAAGAGAUCCAGCUCCGCCAUUUAGACUGAGAAACAUCCUUGAUCCAUAUAUAUGCACACACACACACACACACACACACAGACACACAACCUCUCUGCUACACACACAUUUAGACUG